UGUGCCAUUUAAGGCUUAGGAUUUCCUCUGGCCCUCUUUCUCCUCCAUUGAAACUAAUGAUGAUAAAACACAAGUGGAAAGAGAAGAGUUCAGCAAGAAAUGUUGUAACACUUUCUGUCUUAUUAAUGCAGAGACAUAAACAGCGCUUGUGUUCCACGUGUAUCCGUCACAACAUAGGUUUGGAAAAACCACGAGGAGUCCUGUGGUAGCUUAAGGAAGUAGCGAUUUCUUUGGGUGUGAGUCUUCCUGGGCAAAGACCCACUUCAUCAGAAACAUCUCUUCUGGAAAAGGUGUGUGUGUUAGGAGUACUGUGCAAGUGGCUAUUCCACGUCACUGAGAGAGACUGAGAGCCCCUGACUGAGAGUGAGAAAUAGAUUUCUAUCUAGCCGACCAUGGCUUCCACCACAACCAGAACCAGUGUGUCAAAGAAGCACAUCCAAUUUCUAGCCUUUCAGCUCACUCUGCUAGGAACAGUCUUCUGUGGGAAUGUGCUGAUUUGGCCUACAGGGAGCAGUCACUGGUUAAAUAUGAAGAUCAUUAUACAGGAGCUGAUACGCCGAGAGCAUAAUGUCACCGUCCUAGUGCCAAACGCUUUCCUCUUUAUCACACCGUACGGUGAGACAGCAGAGAAGUUUGAGGUGUUCUCUGUGCCUUUUGAGAAGAAACACAUUGACUCCUUGAUCAAAGACAUAGUGAACUUGUGGCUAUAUAAUAAGCCAACAGCACUGACCUUCUGGAAGUUCUACAAGGAACUGGGAAAAAUGGCCAGCAAACUAAAUGAGCAAAAUAGACAUUCUUGUGAUGGUGUGUUAGCCAACCAGGAUUUGAUGGCUCGGCUGCAGAGGGGCAAGUAUGACGUGCUUCUGUCCGAUCCAGUGACUCUCUGUGGAGACCUAAUUGCUCUCAAGCUCAGAAUUCCAUUUGUGUACUCUCUGCGGUUCACACCAGCCUCAACAAUGGAGCGGCAUUGUGGGAAGAUGCCCGCUCCACCUUCGUACGUGCCUGCAGCCUUGUCUGAACUCACAGACAAGUUGUCGUUCCGCGAAAGAAUAAAAAACAUAGUGUCUUACCGCCUCCAGGACUACGUUUUUCAGAGUUAUUGGGGAGAAUGGGAUUUGUACUACAGUGAAAUUCUAGAAGGCAGUCACUGGCUAAAUAUUAAGAUUAUUAUACAGGAACUGAUACGCCGAGAGCACAAUGUCACCGUCCUGGUGUCAAACUCUUCCCUCUUCAUCACACCGCAUGGUGAGACAGCAGAGAAGUUUGAGGUGUUCUCUGUGCCUUUUGGGAAGAAACACAUUGACUCCUUGAUCAAAGACAUAGUGAACUUGUGGCUGUAUAAUAAGCCAACAGCACUGACCUUCUGGAAGUUCUACAAGGAAAUGGGAAAACUGACCAGGACUAGCAAUGAGCUAAAUAGACAGGCAUGUGAUGGCGUGUUAGCCAACCAGGAUUUGAUGGUUCGGCUACAGAGGGGCAAGUAUGACGUGCUUCUGGCUGAUCCGGUGUGUGUCUGUGGUGACCUAAUUGCUCUCAAGCUCAGAAUUCCAUUUAUGUACUCUCUGCGGUUCACACCAGCCUCGACUGUGGAGCGGCAUUGUGGGAAGAUGCCCGCUCCACCUUCGUACGUGCCUGCAGCCUUGUCUGAACUCACAGACAAGUUGUCGUUCCGCGAAAGAAUAAAAAACAUAGUGUCUUACCGCCUCCAGGACUACGUUUUUCAGAGUUAUUGGGGAGAAUGGGAUUUGUACUACAGUGAAAUUCUAGGAAAGCCCACGACGCUGUGUGAAACGAUGGGGAAAGCAGAGAUGUGGCUGAUCCGGACGUACUGGGACUUUGAAUUCCCGCGCCCGUUCCUGCCGAACUUUGAGUUUGUCGGGGGACUUCACUGCCAGCCUGCAAAGCCUUUACCUGAGGAAAUGGAAGCGUUUGUCCAGAGUUCGGGGGAGCAUGGCAUCGUAGUAUUCUCACUGGGCUCGUUGAUUUACAACUUAACCGAGGAGAGAAGUAACAUGAUUGCCUUGGCGCUCAGCCAGAUUCCACAAAAGGUUCUUUGGAGGUACAAAGGGAAGACGCCGGAAACGUUAGGACCCAACACUAAGAUUUAUGACUGGAUCCCCCAGAACGACCUGCUUGGCCAUCCCAAGACCAAAGCCUUUAUCACUCAUGGUGGAACCAAUGGGAUCUAUGAAGCUAUCUACCACGGGAUUCCCAUGGUUGGGAUUCCCAUGUUUGCCGACCAGCCGGAUAACAUUGUUCACAUGAAGGCGAAAGGGAUGGCAGUUGAGCUGGAUUUUAACACGAUGCAAGCCCAAGAUUUAAUUGAUGCACUGAACAGCGUCAUUAACAACUCCAGCUACAAAGAAAAUGCGAUGAGGUUAUCCCAGAUUCACCACGACCAGCCCAUGAAACCUCUGGACCGAGCUGUCUUCUGGAUCGAGUUUGUCAUGCGCCACAAAGGGGCAAAGCACUUGAGACCAGCAGCUCAUGAGCUCACCUGGUACCAGUACCACUGCCUGGACGUCCUGAUGUUCUUGCUUGCCUGUGCAGCAGCUGCUGUUUUCAUUUCUGUCAAGUGCUGCAUGUUUUGCUGUAAGAAAUGUGGCUGGGUUGUAAAGAAAAAGAAAACCGAAUAGAUUUGCUAUUCCCAUUGGCCACGUUUGUCUCUGCUGAGGCCGUGGUUCAUGGGCUCACUGAUCCAGACAGGUGCUGCAAUACCAUGUGUACUCAGUCCCAUACUUUGGCGAGGUAGGAUCAGGAAAGCCACACACUUAACAUAAUGUGAUGUUUACAAUAACUUUCUUUGGGCUUGAAUAAGAAUGAAUCAUUAGCUGAUCCACCAGUUGGACAGUGAUUACACAGGGACUUGUAUGCUGUGGCGAUGAUUUUCAAGAAUGUCAUGUUCAGGCAGCUUUAUUUGAAAAGGACAAAGCCCAGCUGUUCUAGGUCCUUUGUUGUAUCUUCCAGCUGCAGGGAGUGAAGUUGAUUUGUCUUUAGUAGAUCACCCAGAGCCCAAAUGUCUUUCUGUUCUGGGUAGACUCUGACCAAUGCAGAACUCAGACAAGUUUGCCUAAACCUGCCUGAAAAGUGUGUCAGUGACUUUCUACAACCUCUCCCAGAGUUUUGACAAGCUGGAGUCUCAUUUUUUCCUUCACAGAGGCAU